AUGUUAGGCUCUGAUGAGCAGUCUGGGAAUGAACUAUGCUUUGUGGUUGGGGGCUGCUGGCGCUUUGGACGGCUGACUGCCCAGACUCUGUAUGAUUGGCUGGAGAUGGUUGUUGUCCCAGUUAACUUGAAUGGCCGAAGACUUCAGCAAAAACUGAUCAUUACAGAGCCGGCGCUCAUCUUCAUCCAUGAAGAAACCUUGGCUGCAAAACUUGCAGACCUUGGCCCUGAGUCUCGCCAGCAAGGAUUGCCAAUUUUUCCGGAUCUCAGGCAUAUGGUACGGAUACCGAGAAGCCCCGGGCCUCUUAUGGCUGGCCAUUACUUGUAUUAUGAAGUCCAUUGGCUUCUCGCAGCAGGUCAUUUACAUCACAAUAAAUUGCAGUUGGUGCAGACGGACAACUUGCAAUUGAGCCGGCACUACCUGAGUUGUGCCAAGCCCUCUUUGAACGGAGAAGGAAAACAGAUGAAUGCCGUGCGCGAGAGAGACAAGGCGUGUCGAGUGUCUGGAAUCCCUGCAGUUGACCGGAAUCGUGGCCGCAAUUUUACUGGUCUUCAUGUUGCGCAUAUCAUACCUCUCUUCGCUGGAGAGAUGAUAGUGGACACCCCGCUGGGUACACAGCUUUCAAUUACUAGUACCGCCGACAUCGACAUACCCGAGAACGCGAUGCUGAUGAGAGCUGAUAUCCACGCUCUCUUCAACGUUUAUCAGUUUGGACCAGAGAAGCUAGGGUCCAGGGAGCUAUCAUACCCGGAAGAACUGAAUGAACGAACUCGUGGAAAAACAGCGGAUGACACUAACGGGCACCCCCGUGCCAGGUCAAAUUGGUGGGCACGCACGCCGUCAGCUCAGGCCUGCACACCAUCGUCGGCGAUUGAGUACACCAAGUCAAGUCAAGUCAACAACAUAGAAUUACAGAGGGUCGAUGGUGAAGUUAUACGCCAACGCCGAGGCGAGAGAGGCUAG